AUGAAGACUGCCCUUGAUAUUGUUAAUAGAAAAAUUUACUCUGCAAGUAAAAGUGUUAAAGAAAAAAGAAAUGAAGAGAUAAAAGAAGUUGACGAAGAGUUUGAAACAAUUGACAAUGAAUUUAAAAUUCAACAAUGUCAAUUUCAACAUAUUAUGAAUUCGUUAUCAACACACUUAAAUGUUAUUAGAAAAACACCCCAAAGUCUUUUGAAGAUUGGAGAUUCUUUUCUUCAGAUAUUUAAUCAAGAAGAUGACAUUUAUAAUCACGUAUUACAGUUUAACUCUUCUUGUCAAAUUAGACAAAUGGCUGAAUAUGAUUAUGCUACUGCAUAUGAAAUAUUAUAUUCUAAUGCUCAUUCAUGUAUUAUUCAAUAUAAUGAAUUAGAGGAUAGAAAAAAAAUAAUGAAAGAUAGAAAGAUUGACUGGGAAUUAUCACAAAACCGUGUCAGAGAAAUGAAAAAAAAGAAAAACCAAAAAGGUAUUGAUGAAUUACUUGAAAAAGAAGAAUUUGCAGAUGUUGCUUAUCAUGAACUAAGAAAUGAAUUAAUCCAAGACAUGUGUCUUAUGAUGAAUAUGGUUGUUAAAUAUAGAAGUACAUUAUUUCGUGCUGUAGUUGAACUUGAAAUGAAAAAAAGAGAUGGUGUUAAUGAAGCAUUAUCUAUUAUAAGUAAAUUUGGUGGAGAACAAGGUGCUGCCCCUCAGUAUGUUAUUACUGAACCACUUCACAGUUAUAUUAGUGAAUUACAUUGUUAUGAUCAUAUUCAAAGAAGAAAACAUAAAAUAACCACGUCAUCAUCUUCAGGUAGUACUAGUGUUUCUGCAAAACAUGUGCCUGAAAAAACAUUACCUAAAACACCUUCAAAACCAUCACUAAUGAGUCAAGAAAUGAAAUUAAAAAAUGAAAUAAUUAAUGGCAUUAAGAAAGAAAUUGAAGAAGAAAGUCAGUAUAAAAUUAAAAAAAAUGAGACUAUGGUUUCUUCUUCUCUUGGUCAAUCACAAGAAGAAAAGAAAGAAGAAGGUCAACUACAACAGGAAAAAGAAAAAGAGAAUAAUGAUAUUAUAACACAUAAACCAGAACAUAAUGAGAAAAAAGAACAAAACCCAUUUGAUAGUGGUAGUGAAAGUGGUGAUAUAAGUACUGAAAAGGAAGAAAAUAAAACAUUGGAAAGUAGUGAAUCAAGUCAAGAAGAAGAUAAGCUACAUAGUACAUCAUCAGAAAAUACUGAUGAAAGUAGUGAAGUUAUUACUAUUCCAGAAGAAAAUAAAAAUGAUGUUAUUGAAGUUAAUGAAGAACAAGAAAAAACAAAUGAGAAUAAUCAAACUGAAGAACAAAAUGAUAUAAAUCUUCAAAAUAAUCAAAACAAAACCCAAGAUGAAACAAAAGAAAUAACUCAAAACUCUUCUACUCCAAUUGUUUCAAAACCAGAAGAAAUUCCAUUACCAAAUCGACCAAUUUUGAGUAUGAAAGCAUUGUAUGACUAUGAAGCAUCUGACUCUACUGAAUUAUCAUUAAGAGAAGGUGAUAUUAUUAAUAUCUAUGAUAAUUCUGGUGAUUGGUGGAUGGCUGAAUUAAAUGGAAAACGAGGCUUAGUUCCAGCUAAUUUUAUUGACUAUAUUAAAUAA